AUGAAAAAAAGAAGUAGUAACUGGUGGGAGCGAAUAGUUAAUGAUUAUUUUAAAGAAGAGGAUUGGUUAGAAACAUUUCGUAUGACAAAACCUACUUUUCAGUGGUUGUGCGAUGAAUUACGAGGUGAACUCAUUCCAAAAGAAAAUCAAUUAGGGUUUCGAGAACCAUUAUCAGUGGAAAAACAAGUCGCCGUAUGUUUAUAUUUUUUAGCCAGUUGUUGUGAAUACCGUAUUGUAGGAAACAUUUUUGGAAUUCAUAAAUCUACUGUAUGGAAGUGUGUCCACAAAGUAGUUAAUGCAAUUAACGCAAAACUUAUGUAUAUGAUAACUAUGCCUGAUGAUAACGAAUGCCAACAAAUAGCACGAAACUCAAUACUUUCAAAUGUACCGAUUCCAUAUUUUAUUGUGAGUGAUCCUGCUUAUCCAUUACUUCCAUGGCUCAUAAAAGGAUAUACUAAAAGCAAUCGAUUAACAGCUGAAGAGGAUAAUUUUAACGUACAUCUGAAUUCCGGACGAGUGUAUAUUGAAAUAGCUUUUGGAAGAUUGAAAGCAAGGUGGCGACGACUUCUUAAACGCAUGGAUAUACACUAUUCUUACGCAUCUCAUAUCAUAUCAGUCUGCUGCAUUUUACAUAAUAUUGUUGAAGAACGUAAAGAAAAAUUUUUACCUGCAUGGGAAUGUUUAAUAAAUCAAUUAAAUAUCGAAACUCAACAACCACAAGCAUUUGUAACACGCAACUUAGGAUUCAGUAAAAAGUAA